AUGAGACUAGUAAGUUCAACGAAACUUUUAGAACUUCAAAACAAAACUUCGCAGAUUCGAAAUAUAUGUAUAGUAGCACACGUGGAUCAUGGAAAAACAACCCUGGCUGAUUCCUUAAUAUCAAGCAAUGGUAUUAUAUCGCAAAGAUUGUCUGGAAAACUUCGCUACAUGGAUAGCAGGCCCGAUGAACAGGAGAGGGGUAUCACUAUGAAAAGCAGUAGUAUAGCAUUGUAUCAUGCAUUGGAAGGUGAAGAACAUCUUGUAAAUUUGAUUGAUUCCCCUGGACAUAUUGAUUUUUCAAGUGAAGUGUCAACUGCGGUCCGAUUGUGUGAUGGUGCAAUAGUAGUUGUUGAUGUAGUAGAAGGUGUAUGUCCACAAACAAGGCUAGUAUUGAAACAGGCAUAUUCAGAAAAUAUGAAAGCAGUUUUAGUGUUCAAUAAAAUUGAUCGGCUCAUUGUGGAGAUGAAAAUGACAGCGUUAGAUGCAUAUGUUCAUAUAGCACAGUUAUUAGAACAAGUAAACGCCGUGAUGGGUGAACUUUUUGCAUCAGAAGUAUUAGAAAAUGAAGAAACAUUGAUCGAUAAACAGCGUCAGAAACCGAACCCAAAAGAGGACAAUAAUUUCUAUGAUUGGACAUCAGCUUUAGAAGAUUCAGACGACUCAAACCUUUAUUUCUCACCUGAGCAAGGGAAUGUUGUUUUUGCAAGUGCUAUAGAUGGAUGGGGUUUCACUGUGCAUACUUUUGCAAAACUUUUUUCUGAUAAACUUGGUGUUAAAGAAGAGCUUCUCACAAAGGUACUUUGGGGUGAUUUUUAUUUGAAUCCAAAAACUAAGCGCUUUAUGAAAGGUGCCCAAGAGAAAGCUAAGAAACCGCUUUUCGUUCAGCUUGUUCUUGACAAUCUUUGGAAUAUUUAUGAAACAAUUGUUUUAAGAAAUGACAAAGAAAAAGUACCUAGCAUGUGUGAAAAAUUAGGUAUCAAACUUACAACAAGGGAUCUAAGAAACACAGACAGUAGGGUCCAACUGCAGUCACUGAUGAUGCAGUGGUUGCCUUUGUCUAAUACAGUUUUAGAUAUGGUGUGUAGGAAGCUGCCAUCUCCAAAGGAAAUAUUACCUGAGAAAGUUGAGAAACUAAUGUGUUCACGUAUACGCGAUUUCGAAUCUUAUUCAGACGAAACAAAGCAACUCAAAAAAGAUUUUCUCGCCUGUGAUAGUAGCAACGAUAGACCUGUGAUUGUAUUUAUAUCUAAAAUGUUUAGUAUAGAUAAAAGUAUGUUGCCUUCAAACAAACCUAAAGCGCUUACACCCGAGGAAAUGGCUUUGCGAAGAGAAAGGGCAAGACAAAUGCGUGAUGCUCUGAAAAAUAGCGAGAAAUCUGAACCAACUCCAGUUAAAGCAGAGGAAUUAGUCGAAAAUGAUAAAGAAAAACAUACAACGGAUGAACCAGAAAAGGAAGAUGAUAACGAAACUGCAUUUAUAGCAUUUGCUAGAAUAUUUAGUGGUAGAAUUAGGAAAGGGGAUAAACUUUACGUACUGGGCCCAAAACACGAUCCAUCCCAAGUACUUAUGAACAAGGACUUCAAUAUAGAUCCUAAUAAGAAACUAAAAGACUUACAGAGCGACGAACAUAUAACUUGCGCUGAGAUUAAAUCUCUUUAUGUAUUAAUGGGAAGAGAAUUAGAAGAUUUAGAGGAAGCAGUUGCUGGCAAUGUUAUAGGUAUUGGUGGUCUUGAGGAUCAUAUAUUAAAAACAGCAACAUUAAGUAGUACAAUAGCAUGUCCAUCGUUCAGUGAGAUUCAAUAUGCAGCGGUGCCAAUACUAAGGGUUGCAAUAGAACCCACAUAUCCAUCACAGUUGCCUCAGCUUGUUAAAGGUUUGAAACUAUUAAAUCAGUCGGACUCGUGCGUUCAAGUGUUUUUACAAGAGACCGGUGAGCAUGUAUUAGUGACAGCUGGUGAAGUACAUCUACAGAGAUGCUUAGAGGAUCUCAAAAAUCUAUAUGCGAAAAUACCAAUAACUGUCUCAGAACCAAUAGUACCAUUCAGAGAAACGAUAGUUGAACCACCGAAAAUCGAUAUGGCGAAUGAGGAAAUCGAUUCCCAAAAUAUAGAUAAAGGAAACGACACUGACAUAGAUCCAGUUAUAAUGGUGUACACAAACAAUAAACAAAGCAAAAUAAGAAUACGAGCUAAACCAUUACCAAACGCAAUAACAGCUCUACUUGAAAAAUCAGCAGAUUUACUUAAAGCAAUAUCUCAAUAUAUAAAAACGUUGCAAGGUUUAAAUAACAAUGAUAAAAUAGAGAACAAAUUAGAAGAUCUCCAUAUAAACGGGAAACAUCAGCUGUCAGAUAGGAUGUUGAAACUGAUUGAAGCUUUCAAAACGGAGUUGCAGAAUAUUUCAUCGAAGUUGGGACCAGAAUGGAAGGAUGUCGUCAGUCAAAUUUGGUCAGUAGGUCCUAGGAAUUGCGGUCCAAAUUUGCUUUUGAAUCAAACAACGGAUUAUAGGACAAAGUUUUUGCAUCACGAGGACGUUAUAAAGGAAGAUCCCAGGUUCGAAUAUGAGGGUAGUUUUGUUAGUGGUUUCCAAUUGGCCUCUUUGUCGGGACCGUUGUGUGAAGAGCCGAUGAUGGGUGUUGCUUUCUGUGUUGAAGAAUGGACUCUAGAAAAGGGUGAAGAAGAUUCUUCACAUACUUUCGGACCCUUGUCAGGUCAAAUAAUGUCGGCUGUAAAGGACGGUUGCAGAAAGGCAUUCCAAGUACAACCCCAGAGACUUAUGGCGGCCAUGUAUUCCUGUGAUAUAGUUGUGGAUCAAAAAGUAUUGGGAAAAGUUAUUGUAACAAUGGUCACUGUAAUGAUUUGGUAUUAA